CUGCGCCCCCAGCGCGCCCCGAGCUCCCACGGCGAUGGCAGGCGGCCGCCCGCGGGGCCCGCGCCGCUGAGACUCGCGACCCGCCACCGGGACCAUGAAGAGCAGCCGCGCCCUCAAGGGCGAGCGCGGCCGCCUGGACCUCCGCGCCGGCCUCAAGUACAGCGCGCGGCCCGAGAGCAUGAGUGGCGUCGAGGAGGGCGUGGAGUUCCUGCCGGUCAACAACACCAGGAAGGUGGAGAAGCGGGGCCCCAAGCGCUGGGUGCUGCUGGUGACCGGGCUGGCCGGCCUGGUCCUGCUUUCCCUCGUGGCUUGCCUCCUGAUGUGGCACUUCCAGUACCAGAACAUGCGGGUUCAGAAGAUCUUCAAUGGCUACCUGAGGAUCACCAACGAGAACUUCGUGGAUGCCUACGAGAACUCCAACUCCACUGAGUUUGCAAACCUGGCCAACAAGGUGAAGGAAGCGCUCAAGCUGUUGUACAGUGGGGUGCCGUCCCUGGGCCCCUACCACAAGAAGUCGAUGGUGACCGCCUUCAGCGAGGGCAGCAUCAUCGCCUACUACUGGUCCGAGUUCAGCAUCCCCCAGUACCUGGUGGAGGAUGCCGAGCGCGUCAUGGCCCAGGAGCGGGCGGCCGUGCUGCCGCCCCGAGCCCGCGCCCUCAACUCCUUCGUGCUCACCUCGGUGGUGGCCUUCCCCACUGACCCCAGAACAGUACAGACCGCCCAGGACAACAGCUGCAGCUUCGCCCUGCAUGCCCGGAGUGGGGAGCUGAUGCGCUUCACCACGCCCGGCUUCCCCGACAGCCCGUACCCGGCCCGGGCCCGCUGCCAGUGGACCCUGCGCGGGGAUGCCGACUUCGUGCUGAGCCUCACCUUCCGCAGCUUUGACGUCGCGACCUGUGACGACCGGGGCAGCGACCUGGUCAUGGUGUAUGACACCCUGAGCCCCGUGGAACCCCGGGCCGUGGUGCAGCUGUGUGGCACCUACCCUCCCUCCUACAACCUGACCUUCCUCUCCUCCCAGAACGUCCUGCUCGUCACGCUGAUCACCAACACGGAGCGGCGACACCCUGGCUUUGAGGCCACAUUCUUCCAGCUGCCUAAGCUAAGCAGCUGUGGCGGCUCCUUACGCGGCAGCCAGGGGACCUUUAGCAGCCCCUACUAUCCUGGCCACUACCCGCCCAACAUGAACUGCACCUGGGACAUUGAGGUGCCCAGCCACCAGAACGUGAAGGUGCUCUUCAAGGCCUUCUACAUGCUGGAGCCCAACACCCCCCCGGGCACCUGCUCCAAGGACUACGUGGAGGUCAACGGGGAGAAGUACUGCGGAGAGAGGCCCCAGUUUGUGGUCGCCAGCAGGAGCAACAAGAUCACCGUUCGCUUCCACUCCGACCAGUCCUACACCGACACGGGGUUCUUGGCCGAGUACUUGUCAUACGAUUCCAGUGAUCCGUGCCCGGGGAAGUUCAUGUGUCACACGGGGAGAUGCAUCCGGAAUGAGCUGCGCUGUGACGGCUGGGCUGACUGCACGGACUACAGCGACGAGCUCAACUGCCAAUGCAACGCCACCUACCAGUUCACGUGCAAGAACAAGUUCUGCAAGCCCCUCUUCUGGGUGUGCGACAGCGUGAACGACUGCGGAGACAACAGCGACGAGCAGGAGUGCAGCUGCCCAGCUCAGACCUUCAGGUGUGGCAACGGGAAGUGCCUCCCACAGAACCAGCAGUGUGACGGGACGGACAACUGCGGGGACGGAUCCGAUGAGGCCACGUGUGACCUGGUGAGAACUGUGGCCUGCACCAAACACACCUAUCGCUGCCACAAUGGGCUCUGUUUGAGCAAGAGCAACCCCGAGUGUGAUGGGAAGAAGGACUGUAGUGACGGCUCGGAUGAGAAGGAUUGCGACUGUGGGCUGCGAUCGUUCACCAGGCAGUCUCGGGUCGUUGGGGGCACGAAUGCGGACGAAGGCGAGUGGCCCUGGCAGGUGAGCCUCCACGUGCUGGGCCAGGGCCACGUGUGCGGGGCUUCCAUCAUCUCUCCCAACUGGCUGGUGUCGGCCGCUCACUGCUUCAUUGACGACCGAGGAUUCAGGUACUCGGACCACAUGGUGUGGACCGCCUUCCUGGGCCUGCAUGACCAGAGCAAGCGCAGCGCCACUGGGGUGCAGGAGCUCGGCCUCAAGCGCAUCAUCUCCCACCCUUACUUCAACGACUUCACCUUCGACUAUGACAUUGCGCUGCUGGAGCUGGAGAAGCCGGCCGAGUACAGCAGCACCGUGCGGCCCAUCUGCCUGCCCGAGACCUCGCACAGCUUCCCCGCCGGCAAGGCCAUCUGGGUCACCGGCUGGGGUCACACGCAGGAAGGAGGCUCCGGCGCGCUGGUCCUGCAGAAGGGCGAGAUCCGCGUCAUCAACCAGACCACCUGUGAGAGCCUGCUCCCGCAGCAGAUCACCCCGCGCAUGAUGUGCGUGGGCUACCUCAGCGGCGGCAUGGACGCCUGCCAGGGCGACUCCGGGGGCCCCCUGUCCAGCGUGGAGGCGGACGGGCGGAUCUUCCAGGCCGGCGUGGUGAGCUGGGGCGACGGCUGCGCCCAGAGGGACAAGCCGGGCGUGUACACGAGGCUCGCUGUAUUUCGGGACUGGAUCAGAGAGGAGACUGGGGUGUAGGUGCAGGGCCAUCCGCGGCCACCCCAGCGUGCGCACGUGCCGGCCAAGGACAGGACCGCUCACCGCACCCCUGACUUGGGCGCCCCGGAACCCAGACUGUGAACCCAAUCCCCAGGCCUCCGGAGAGGGCGCCCCGGCCUCCAGAGCAGCGCAUGCAGGUGGGAGGAGGACGCUGGCCGGGCGGGGCCGCAGGCGUGAGGACACAGCCUCCCGGCCCGCAGACCUGCCCGCCUUGCCCCCGGGCGCAGGGGCCCUGCAGGGCUGCCCCGGGAUCCCUGCCGCGGGGCCGUGGCGCCCUGUCGGUUCCUAGGCUCGCACUUCAGGAAACCCAGGCGAGACUCUGGAAGACACACGGGCCUAAGAUCUGAAUUUUUACCAGCUCCUAGGGUGGGCUUCAGUGUGUGUAUUUGUGUGUAUGAGUAAAUUGUUUUUAGGUAAA